ACGCGGAGAGCCCUGUCGUCAUUUGUCCAGCUGAUAUAUUCCAGAACACAGAUGAUGGAGCAUCUUGGGCGAAUGUAACAUGGGGUGCUGUCAAUGCAACUGAUAAUUCAGGAUCUGUAAUCGAUGUGUAUGUUUAUCAUGCUCCAGGUAGUAAUUUUCCUAUCGGAAGUACAAUUGUUACGUAUUCUGCUGUCGAUGCAUACAACAACACAGGGUACUGUUCCUUUAGUGUAACAAUCAUUGACGCUGAGAGUCCUGUUGUCAUUUGUCCAGCUGAUAUAUUGCAGAACACAGAUGAUGGAGCAUCUUGGGCGAAUGUAACAUGGGGUGCUGUCAAUGCAACUGAUAAUUCAGGAUCUGUAACCAAUGUGUAUGUUUCUCAUGCUCCAAGCAACGCUGAGAGUCCUGUUGUCAUUUGUCAAGCUGAUAUAUUACAAAAUACAGACGAUGGAGCACCUUGGGCGAAUGUUACAUGGGGUGUUGUCAAUGCAACUGAUAAUUCAGGAUCUGUAUCCGAUAUAUAUGUGUCUCAUGCUCCAGACAGCAAUUUCCCUAUCGGAAGUACAAUUGUUACGUAUUCUGCUGUAGAUGCAUACAACAACACGGGGUACUGUUCCUUUAGUGUAACCGUUAUUGACGCUGAGAGUCCUGUCGUCAUUUGUCCAGCUGAUAUAUUCCAGAACACAGAGGAUGGAGCUACUUGGGCAAAUGUUACAUGGGGUGUUGUUAAUGCAACUGAUAAUUCAGGAUCUGUAACCGAUCUGUAUGUGUCUCAUGCUCCAAGCAGCAAUUUCUCUAUUGGAAGUACGCAGGUUACGUAUUCGGCUGUAGAUGCAUACAACAACACAGGACACUGUUCCUUUAUUGUUACCAUCAUUAACGCGGAGAGCCCUGUCGUCAUUUGUCCAGCUGAUAUAUUCCAGAACACAGAUGAUGGAGCAUCUUGGGCGAAUGUAACAUGGGGUGCUGUCAAUGCAACUGAUAAUUCAGGAUCUGUAAUCGAUGUGUAUGUUUAUCAUGCUCCAGGUAGUAAUUUUCCUAUCGGAAGUACAAUUGUUACGUAUUCUGCUGUCGAUGCAUACAACAACACAGGGUACUGUUCCUUUAGUGUAACAAUCAUUGACGCUGAGAGUCCUGUUGUCAUUUGUCCAGCUGAUAUAUUACAAAAUACAGACGAUGGAGCACCUUGGGCGAAUGUUACAUGGGGUGUUGUCAAUGCAACUGAUAAUUCAGGAUCUGUAACCGAUCUGUAUGUGUCUCAUGCUCCAAGCAGCAAUUUCCCCAUUGGAAGUACGCAGGUUACGUAUUCGGCUGUAGAUGCAUACAACAACACAGGACACUGUUCCUUUAUUGUCACCAUCAUUAACGCGGAGAGUCCUGUCGUCAUUUGUCCAGCUGAUAUAUUCCAGAACACAGAUGAUGGAGCAUCUUGGGCGAAUGUAACAUGGGGUGCUGUCAAUGCAACUGAUAAUUCAGGAUCUGUAAUCGAUGUGUAUGUUUAUCAUGCUCCAGGUAGUAAUUUUCCUAUCGGAAGUACGAUUGUUACGUAUUCUGCUGUCGAUGCAUACAACAACACAGGGUACUGUUCCUUUAGUGUAACCAUCAUUGACGCUGAGAGUCCUGUUGUCAUUUGUCCAGCUGAUAUAUUGCAGAACACAGACGAUGGAGCCUCCUGGGCGAAUGUAACAUGGGGUGCUGUCAAUGCAACUGAUAAUUCAGGAUCUGUAACCAAUGUGUAUGUUUCUCAUGCUCCAAGCAACGCUGAGAGUCCUGUUGUCAUUUGUCCAGCUGAUAUAUUACAAAAUACAGACGAUGGAGCACCUUGGGCGAAUGUUACAUGGGGUGUUGUCAAUGCAACUGAUAAUUCAGGAUCUGUAACCGAUCUGUAUGUGUCUCAUGCUCCAAGCAGCAAUUUCCCCAUUGGAAGUACGCAGGUUACGUAUUCGGCUGUAGAUGCAUACAACAACACAGGACACUGUUCCUUUAUUGUCACCAUCAUUAACGCGGAGAGUCCUGUCGUCAUUUGUCCAGCUGAUAUAUUCCAGAACACAGAUGAUGGAGCAUCUUGGGCGAAUGUAACAUGGGGUGCUGUCAAUGCAACUGAUAAUUCAGGAUCUGUAAUCGAUGUGUAUGUUUAUCAUGCUCCAGGUAGUAAUUUUCCUAUCGGAAGUACGAUUGUUACGUAUUCUGCUGUCGAUGCAUACAACAACACAGGGUACUGUUCCUUUAGUGUAACCAUCAUUGACGCUGAGAGUCCUGUUGUCAUUUGUCCAGCUGAUAUAUUGCAGAACACAGACGAUGGAGCCUCCUGGGCGAAUGUAACAUGGGGUGCUGUCAAUGCAACUGAUAAUUCAGGAUCUGUAACCAAUGUGUAUGUUUCUCAUGCUCCAAGCAACGCUGAGAGUCCUGUUGUCAUUUGUCCAGCUGAUAUAUUACAAAAUACAGACGAUGGAGCACCUUGGGCGAAUGUUACAUGGGGUGUUGUCAAUGCAACUGAUAAUUCAGGAUCUGUAUCCGAUAUAUAUGUGUCUCAUGCUCCAGACAGCAAUUUCCCUAUCGGAAGUACAAUUGUUACGUAUUCUGCUGUAGAUGCAUACAACAACACGGGGUACUGUUCCUUUAGUGUAACCGUUAUUGACGCUGAGAGUCCUGUCGUCAUUUGUCCAGCUGAUAUAUUCCAGAACACAGACGAUGGAGCUACUUGGGCGAAUGUUACAUGGGGUGUUGUCAAUGCAACUGAUAAUUCAGGAUCUGUAACCGAUCUGUAUGUGUCUCAUGCUCCAAGCAGCAAUUUCCCUAUUGGAAGUACGCAGGUUACGUAUUCGGCUGUAGAUGCAUACAACAACACAGGACACUGUUCCUUUAUUGUCACCAUCAUUAACACGGAGAGUCCUGUCGUCAUUUGUCCAGCUGAUAUAUUCCAGAACACAGAUGAUGGAGCAUCUUGGGCGAAUGUAACAUGGGGUGCUGUCAAUGCAACUGAUAAUUCAGGAUCUGUAAUCGAUGUGUAUGUUUCUCAUGCUCCAGGUAGUAAUUUCCCUAUCGGAAGUACAAUUGUUACGUAUUCUGCUGUCGAUGCAUACAACAACACAGGGUACUGUUCCUUUAGUGUAACCAUCAUUGACGCUGAGAGUCCUGUUGUCAUUUGUCCAGCUGAUAUAUUGCAGAACACAGACGAUGGAGCCUCCUGGGCGAAUGUAACAUGGGGUGCUGUCAAUGCAACUGAUAAUUCAGGAUCUGUAACCAAUGUGUAUGUUUCUCAUGCUCCAAGCAACGCUGAGAGUCCUGUUGUCAUUUGUCCAGCUGAUAUAUUGCAAAAUACAGACGAUGGAGCACCUUGGGCUAAUGUUACAUGGGGUGUUGUCAAUGCAACUGAUAAUUCAGGAUCUGUAUCCGAUAUAUAUGUGUCUCAUGCUCCAGGCAGCAAUUUCCCUGUCGGAAGUACAAUUGUUACGUAUUCUGCUGUAGAUGCAUACAACAACACGGGGUACUGUUCCUUUAGUGUAACCGUUAUUGACGCUGAGAGUCCUGUCGUCAUUUGUCCAGCUGAUAUAUUCCAGAACACAGACGAUGGAGCUACUUGGGCAAAUGUUACAUGGGGUUUUGUCAAUGCAACUGAUAAUUCAGGAUCUGUAACCGAUCUGUAUGUGUCUCAUGCUCCAAGCAGCAAUUUCCCUAUUGGAAGUACGCAGGUUACGUAUUCGGCUGUAGAUGCAUACAACAACACAGGACACUGUUCCUUUAUUGUCACCAUCAUUAACGCGGAGAGCCCUGUCGUCAUUUGUCCAGCUGAUAUAUUCCAGAACACAGAUGAUGGAGCAUCUUGGGCGAAUGUAACAUGGGGUGCUGUCAAUGCAACUGAUAAUUCAGGAUCUGUAAUCGAUGUGUAUGUUUACCAUGCUCCAGGUAGUAAUUUUCCUAUCGGAAGUACAAUUGUUACGUAUUCUGCUGUCGAUGCAUACAACAACACAGGGUACUGUUCCUUUAGUGUAACAAUCAUUGACGCUGAGAGUACUGUUGUCAUUUGUCCAGCUGAUAUAUUGCAAAAUACAGACGAUGGAGCACCUUGGGCGAAUGUUACAUGGGGUGUUGUCAAUGCAACUGAUAAUUCAGGAUCUGUAUCCGAUAUAUAUGUGUCUCAUGCUCCAGGCAGCAAUUUCCCUAUCGGAAGUACAAUUGUUACGUAUUCUGCUGUAGAUGCAUACAACAACAUGGGGUACUGUUCCUUUAGUGUAACCGUUAUUGACGCUGAGAGUCCUGUCGUCAUUUGUCCAGCUGAUAUAUUCCAGACCACAGACGAUGGAGCUACUUGGGCGAAUGUUACAUGGGGUGUUGUCAAUGCAACUGAUAAUUCAGGAUCUGUAACCGAUCUGUAUGUGUCUCAUGCUCCAAGCAGCAAUUUCCCCAUUGGAAGUACGCAGGUUACGUAUUCGGCUGUAGAUGCAUACAACAACACAGGACACUGUUCCUUUAUUGUCACCAUCAUUAACGCGGAGAGUCCUGUCGUCAUUUGUCCAGCUGAUAUAUUCCAGAACACAGAUGAUGGAGCAUCUUGGGCGAAUGUAACAUGGGGUGCUGUCAAUGCAACUGAUAAUUCAGGAUCUGUAAUCGAUGUGUAUGUUUAUCAUGCUCCAGGUAGUAAUUUUCCUAUCGGAAGUACAAUUGUUACGUAUUCUGCUGUCGAUGCAUACAACAACACAGGGUACUGUUCCUUUAGUGUAACCAUCAUUGACGCUGAGAGUACUGUUGUCAUUUGUCCAGCUGAUAUAUUGCAAAAUACAGACGAUGGAGCACCUUGGGCGAAUGUUACAUGGGGUGUUGUCAAUGCAACUGAUAAUUCAGGAUCUGUAUCCGAUAUAUAUGUGUCUCAUGCUCCAGGCAGCAAUUUCCCUAUCGGAAGUACAAUUGUUACGUAUUCUGCUGUAGAUGCAUACAACAACAUGGGGUACUGUUCCUUUAGUGUAACCGUUAUUGACGCUGAGAGUCCUGUCGUCAUUUGUCCAGCUGAUAUAUUCCAGACCACAGACGAUGGAGCUACUUGGGCGAAUGUUACAUGGGGUGUUGUCAAUGCAACUGAUAAUUCAGGAUCUGUAACCGAUCUGUAUGUGUCUCAUGCUCCAAGCAGCAAUUUCCCCAUUGGAAGUACGCAGGUUACGUAUUCGGCUGUAGAUGCAUACAACAACACAGGACACUGUUCCUUUAUUGUCACCAUCAUUAACGCGGAGAGUCCUGUCGUCAUUUGUCCAGCUGAUAUAUUCCAGAACACAGAUGAUGGAGCAUCUUGGGCGAAUGUAACAUGGGGUGCUGUCAAUGCAACUGAUAAUUCAGGAUCUGUAAUCGAUGUGUAUGUUUAUCAUGCUCCAGGUAGUAAUUUUCCUAUCGGAAGUACAAUUGUUACGUAUUCUGCUGUCGAUGCAUACAACAACACAGGGUACUGUUCCUUUAGUGUAACCAUCAUUGACGCUGAGAGUCCUGUUGUCAUUUGUCCAGCUGAUAUAUUGCAGAACACAGACGAUGGAGCCUCCUGGGCGAAUGUAACAUGGGGUGCUGUCAAUGCAACUGAUAAUUCAGGAUCUGUAACCAAUGUGUAUGUUUCUCAUGCUCCAAGCAACGCUGAGAGUCCUGUUGUCAUUUGUCCAGCUAAUAUAUUGCAAAAUACAGAUGAUGUAGCACCUUGGGCGAAUGUUACAUGGGGUGUUGUCAAUGCAACUGAUAAUUCAGGAUCUGUAUCCGAUAUAUAUGUGUCUCAUGCUCGAGGCAGCAAUUUCCCUACCGGAAGUACAAUUGUUACGUAUUCUGCUGUAGAUGCAUACAACAACACGGGGUACUGUUCCUUUAGUGUAACCGUUAUUGACGCUGAGAGUCCUGUCGUCAUUUGUCCAGCUGAUAUAUUCCAGAACACAGACGAUGGAGCUACUUGGGCGAAUGUUACAUGGGGUGUUGUCAAUGCAACUGAUAAUUCAGGAUCUGUAACCGAUCUGUAUGUGUCUCAUGCUCCAAGCAGCAAUUUCCCCAUUGGAAGUACGCAGGUUACGUAUUCGGCUGUAGAUGCAUACAACAACACAGGACACUGUUCCUUUAUUGUCACCAUCAUUAACGCGGAGAGUCCUGUUGUCAUUUGUCCAGCUGAUAUAUUGCAGAACACAGACGAUGGAGCCUCCUGGGCGAAUGUAACAUGGGGUGCUGUCAAUGCAACUGAUAAUUCAGGAUCUGUAACCAAUGUGUAUGUUUCUCAUGCUCCAAGCAGUAAUUUUCCUAUCGGAAGUACAAUUGUUACGUAUUCUGCUGUCGAUGCAUACAACAACACUGGGUACUGUUCCUUUAGUGUAACCAUCAUUGACGCUGAGAGUCCUGUUGUCAUUUGUCCGGCUGAUAUAAUGCAGAACACAGACGAUGGAGCCUCCUGGGCGAAUGUAACAUGGGGUGCUGUCAAUGCAACUGAUAAUUCAGGAUCUGUAACCAAUGUGUAUGUUUCUCGUGCUCCAAGCAACGCUGAGAGUACUGUUGUCAUUUGUCCAGCUGAUAUAUUGCAAAAUACAGACGAUGGAGCACCUUGGGCGAAUGUUACAUGGGGUGUUGUCAAUGCAACUGAUAAUUCAGGAUCUGUAUCCGAUAUAUAUGUGUCUCAUGCUCCAGGCAGCAAUUUCCCUAUCGGAAGUACAAUUGUUACGUAUUCUGCUGUAGAUGCAUACAACAACAUGGGGUACUGUUCCUUUAGUGUAACCGUUAUUGACGCUGAGAGUCCUGUCGUCAUUUGUCCAGCUGAUAUAUUCCAGACCACAGACGAUGGAGCUACUUGGGCGAAUGUUACAUGGGGUGUUGUCAAUGCAACUGAUAAUUCAGGAUCUGUAACCGAUCUGUAUGUGUCUCAUGCUCCAAGCAGCAAUUUCCCCAUUGGAAGUACGCAGGUUACGUAUUCGGCUGUAGAUGCAUACAACAACACAGGACACUGUUCCUUUAUUGUCACCAUCAUUAACGCGGAGAGCCCUGUCGUCAUUUGUCCAGCUGAUAUAUUCCAGAACACAGAUGAUGGAGCAUCUUGGGCGAAUGUAACAUGGGGUGCUGUCAAUGCAACUGAUAAUUCAGGAUCUGUAAUCGAUGUGUAUGUUUACCAUGCUCCAGGUAGUAAUUUUCCUAUCGGAAGUACAAUUGUUACGUAUUCUGCUGUCGAUGCAUACAACAACACAGGGUACUGUUCCUUUAGUGUAACAAUCAUUGACGCUGAGAGUCCUGUUGUCAUUUGUCCAGCUGAUAUAUUGCAGAACACAGAUGAUGGAGCAUCUUGGGCGAAUGUAACAUGGGGUGCUGUCAAUGCAACUGAUAAUUCAGGAUCUGUAACCAAUGUGUAUGUUUCUCAUGCUCCAAGCAACGCUGAGAGUCCUGUUGUCAUUUGUCAAGCUGAUAUAUUACAAAAUACAGACGAUGGAGCACCUUGGGCGAAUGUUACAUGGGGUGUUGUCAAUGCAACUGAUAAUUCAGGAUCUGUAUCCGAUAUAUAUGUGUCUCAUGCUCCAGACAGCAAUUUCCCUAUCGGAAGUACAAUUGUUACGUAUUCUGCUGUAGAUGCAUACAACAACACGGGGUACUGUUCCUUUAGUGUAAACGUUAUUGACGCUGAGAGUCCUGUCGUCAUUUGUCCAGCUGAUAUAUUCCAGAACACAGAGGAUGGAGCUACUUGGGCAAAUGUUACAUGGGGUGUUGUUAAUGCAACUGAUAAUUCAGGAUCUGUAACCGAUCUGUAUGUGUCUCAUGCUCCAAGCAGCAAUUUCUCUAUUGGAAGUACGCAGGUUACGUAUUCGGCUGUAGAUGCAUACAACAACACAGGACACUGUUCCUUUAUUGUUACCAUCAUUAACGCGGAGAGUCCUGUCGUCAUUUGUCCAGCUGAUAUAUUCCAGAACACAGAUGAUGGAGCAUCUUGGGCGAAUGUAACAUGGGGUGCUGUCAAUGCAACUGAUAAUUCAGGAUUUGUAAUCGAUGUGUAUGUUUCUCAUGCUCCAGGUAGUAAUUUUUAUAUCGGAAGUACAAUUGUUACGUAUUCUGCUGUCGAUGCAUACUACAACACAGGGUACUGUUCCUUUAGUGUAACCAUCAUUGACGCUGAGAGUCCUGUUGUCAUUUGUCCGGCUGAUAUAAUGCAGAACACAGACGAUGGAGCCUCCUGGGCGAAUGUAACAUGGGGUGCUGUCAAUGCAACUGAUAAUUCAGGAUCUGUAACCAAUGUGUAUGUUUCUCGUGCUCCAAGUAGUAAUUUUCCUAUCGGAAACGCUGAGAGUCCUGUUGUCAUUUGUCCAGCUGAUAUAUUGCAAAAUACAGACGAUGGAGCACCUUGGGCGAAUGUUACAUGGGGUGUUGUCAAUGCAACUGAUAAUUCAGGAUCUGUAUCCGAUAUAUAUGUGUCUCAUGCUCCAGACAGCAAUUUCCCUAUCGGAAGUACAAUUGUUACGUAUUCUGCUUUAGAUGCAUACAACAACACGGGGUACUGUUCCUUUAGUGUAACCGUUAUUGACACUGAGAGUCCUGUCGUCAUUUGUCCAGCUGAUAUAUUCCAGAACACAGACGAUGGAGCUACUUGGGCGAAUGUUACAUGGGGUGUUGUCAAUGCAACUGAUAAUUCAGGAUCUGUAACCGAUCUGUAUGUGUCUCAUGCUCCAAGCAGCAAUUUCCCUAUUGGAAGUACACAGGUUACGUAUUCGGCUGUAGAUGCAUACAACAACACAGGACACUGUUCCUUUAUUGUCACCAUCAUUAACGCGGAGAGUCCUGUUGUCAUUUGUCCAGCUGAUAUAUUGCAGAACACAGACGAUGGAGCCUCCUGGGCGAAUGUAACAUGGGGUGCUGUCAAUGCAACUGAUAAUUCAGGAUCUGUAACCAAUGUGUAUGUUUCUCAUGCUCCAAGCAGUAAUUUUCCUAUCGGAAGUACAAUUGUUACGUAUUCUGCUGUCGAUGCAUACAACAACACUGGGUACUGUUCCUUUAGUGUAACCAUCAUUGACGCUGAGAGUCCUGUUGUCAUUUGUCCGGCUGAUAUAAUGCAGAACACAGACGAUGGAGCCUCCUGGGCGAAUGUAACAUGGGGUGCUGUCAAUGCAACUGAUAAUUCAGGAUCUGUAACCAAUGUGUAUGUUUCUCGUGCUCCAAGCAACGCUGAGAGUACUGUUGUCAUUUGUCCAGCUGAUAUAUUGCAAAAUACAGACGAUGGAGCACCUUGGGCGAAUGUUACAUGGGGUGUUGUCAAUGCAACUGAUAAUUCAGGAUCUGUAUCCGAUAUAUAUGUGUCUCAUGCUCCAGGCAGCAAUUUCCCUAUCGGAAGUACAAUUGUUACGUAUUCUGCUGUAGAUGCAUACAACAACAUGGGGUACUGUUCCUUUAGUGUAACCGUUAUUGACGCGGAGAGUCCUGUCGUCAUUUGUCCAGCUGAUAUAUUCCAGAACACAGAUGAUGGAGCAUCUUGGGCGAAUGUAACAUGGGGUGCUGUCAAUGCAACUGAUAAUUCAGGAUCUGUAAUCGAUGUGUAUGUUUAUCAUGCUCCAGGUAGUAAUUUUCCUAUCGGAAGUACAAUUGUUACGUAUUCUGCUGUCGAUGCAUACAACAACACAGGGUACUGUUCCUUUAGUGUAACCAUCAUUG